CCUAUGAUAUACUCAAGGAAGUAUUUUUUGGGUCAACAUGUGGUUCCCAAUGAAGUUUGUGCGGUGUGUUUGGAAGCAGUAGAAAGUGGCGCCCAUUUGCGUUUACUUCCUUGUGGACACGGUUUUCAUAUUCUUUGUAUUACUCGUUGGUUGGUUCGUAAAAGUCGUUGUCCACUUUGCAAUGAACAAGUUCGACUUUCUGACAACUCUGCUCAAGGCAAUGAUAGAGAAGCUUGGCUUGAAUCUGGAGACAAUAUAGUUUCUGUUGGGGAACAACAACAAUAUAGUGAUAGACAGAUAUUAGAACGGGGUCAACAGGGUGUUUCUUUAGAUAGUCAAGAAUUGUAUCAGGAAGUUAUUUUACAGUCUUUUGAAAGAAUAAGGUUACGUUUAUAUCAACGAUAUUUGGAUAGACAACGAAAAGAUACGAAACAGACGUAUGGAUCUGAAGAAAUGGUUUGAAUAGGUUGUGUGAUUUUGAUGAAAUGAAAUACUUUAAGAGAUUAUUGGA